UGUGCGGUUGGACUGUGGUUGUGUUUCAGGUUUGGUCGUGUUGAUAACGACACACUUCAGACGCAAUUUCAUCGCGGAGAGAUGGGAAUUCAGAAGAAAUGGCUCUGAAACAAAUUGCCCCAACGCUGCUGGCCCUGCUCGGCUUGGCGGCUGUCGGUAAUGCAUUACGUUGCAACUGCACAAACUGUGAGAAGACAGGCUAUGAAUGCGAGACAGAUGGCGCCUGCAUGGCCUCAACUUACUACAUCCAGGGGAAGGAGCAACACGUACGCAUCUGUAUCAACCAGGACAACCUGGUGCCCCCUGGACAGCCCUUCUACUGUCUGAGUGCUGAAGGCCUCCUCAACACUCACUGCUGCUAUGUAGAUUACUGCAACAGUAUUGACCUGAAAGUCCCAGUCCCAACAAAGGGGGGUGACUGGUCAGGCCCAGGAAGCACCUGGGGGCCAGUGGAGCUGGUGGCAGUUAUUGCAGGGCCCGUGUUCCUGCUCUGUGUAUUGCUGAUGGUCGGCGUGUUCCUGUUCCAAUAUCACCAGAGGGCCUACAGCCACAGACAGAGGCUAGAAGUUGAGGACCCGUCAUGUGACCAUCUGUACUUGGCCAAGGACAAGACCCUGCAAGACCUCAUCUAUGACAUGUCCACCUCGGGAUCAGGUUCUGGUUUACCUCUGUUUGUGCAGCGGACAGUGGCCAGGACCAUCGUGCUGCAGGAGAUAAUAGGAAAGGGUCGUUUUGGCGAGGUGUGGCGAGGGAAGUGGAGGGGAGGAGAUGUGGCAGUGAAGAUCUUCUCAUCCAGGGAGGAGCGCUCCUGGUUCCGAGAGGCUGAAAUCUACCAGACAAUCAUGCUACGGCACGAAAACAUCUUAGGAUUCAUUGCAGCAGACAAUAAAGACAAUGGCACAUGGACUCAGCUCUGGCUGGUGUCAGACUAUCAUGAGCACGGCUCUCUUUUUGACUACCUGAACCGCCACUCUGUCACCAUCGAGGGCAUGAUCAAACUGGCACUGUCAGCUGCCAGCGGCCUCGCACACCUACACAUGGAGAUCCUCGGCACUCAGGGUAAGCCUGGCAUUGCUCAUCGCGACCUCAAGUCUAAAAAUAUCCUGGUUAAGAAGAAUGGCAUGUGUGCCAUAGCUGACCUCGGCCUGGCAGUCCGCCAUGAAUCCAUCACAGACACAAUCGAUAUAGCACCGAACCAGCGCGUGGGCACUAAGAGGUAUAUGGCUCCAGAAGUCCUGGAUGAAACCAUCAACAUGAAACACUUUGAUUCCUUCAAGUGUGCCGACAUCUACGCGCUGGGCCUGGUGUACUGGGAGAUUGCGCGUCGUUGCAACGCAGGAGGUAUCCACGAAGAGUACCAGCUGCCCUACUACGACCUCGUACCCUCUGACCCGUCCAUAGAGGAGAUGAGGAAGGUGGUGUGUGACCAGAAACUGAGGCCCAACGUGCCCAACUGGUGGCAGAGCUACGAGUCGCUGCGUGUGAUGGGGAAGAUCAUGAGGGAGUGCUGGUACGCCAACGGAGCGGCCAGACUGACGGCCCUGCGCAUCAAGAAGACUCUGUCUCAGCUCAGCGUGGAGGAGGACGUCAAGAUGUGAGCGGCCAGGCGGCGCGAAAGACGUGCUGGAGACGCACAACCAGACCACACUCCCAUAGGAAACAAACACUAAAGACAGACUGCAAAUGAAAAACCCUGCCAGUUUUAAAGCCACACUCCAAGUUGUGACAAGGCCUACCUCACCUUUUUAGCCAAAACUACUGAGAAUCACCCUCCCUCCUCCCUCCUCCUCCUCCUGACUUUU